AGCUGGGCCGCCGAGCCUGGAAACAAGGUUGAUCGAUGGUCUAUUGCCCAUGUAACCUCAUUUCCAAGUUAAUAUACCAUUGAAUCAAUGUUAUAUUUGCUUGCACCUUCCAAAUUUGGUCAACUCCCAUUGGUAAUGAAGAAUUAGCCAGGGCCUUUAAACCAAUCAGAAAGAGUGAAAUAUUUUGAAUAAGCAAUAAAGCACAUUAACGGCUGAACAAUCCUCUUGGUUAAUUUUGUGGUCAACAUUUUUUUCUUUUACAGAAUUAUCCUCAAAUUGUGGCUGCCAGUGCACUCAACUUUGGUAAGAGAUCCAUGUUGUAAGAGAUACCAGCAAAUCCUUUUCCAAAAUUAAACUACAAUGGAACCUUGAUAUUAUGAACCUCUGUGUGCUGAGUCCUCAGUAUAACAAACAAUUUUUGUUACCCCAAUGAUAGUAAAAUUUAUGGAAAAGAACCUCAAUGAAACCUUGUUAAAGUGAACACAUUUUUGUCAGUCCCUUAGCCCUUCGUUUUAUCGAGGUUCCACUGUAAUAUAUUCUGCAUAAUCAGAAUAAAUAAAACUAUUUAUAGACUGUACAACUAGUGAGUGGUAGAAUGAUGAAACCUAGAGACUAGAGUCUCUGAAUGACAGGUUCUUGAAGAGAGAUUCAAAUUACUGAACUAUCACAUAUAAAGAAACUUUUUUGAAAGAAUACUUGGAAAAACCUUAAUAAAGUUGUGUUUUGUUAUGGUUUUGUUCCUUUUCAGGCUUGGUUUUUUGGUUCCAUCUCUUCCAGAAUGGUAAGUUAAUAUUCUCAUAAAUCUUUGCUUUUUAGCUGAAACCUGACUAGUAAUGUGGCAUUUUUGCCAGCAACAAAGUGAUGAUAACAGAUUUAUGAAAUGGCUAAUGCUGGUAUGGCUGGUAUUGGUAUUGUUGUUGUUGAUAUAUAUCUGGGACUUCUGUGCUCAAGCAGUGCCUGGUGGCCCUUUAGGUACCUUACUCUUGCUCUUUGGUGACUACAAAAUCUUAGUUUUUUCAUAGAAGUCGUAUCCUGGGCACCCUGGAUUUCAAAGGUUUAGAGCACUGGGGUUUCUAGGGUGCAAAGAAAGUCAGUUUUACAGCUCGCCAUUUGGGCAAGCUGUAGCUAGCAUUUACUAGCCCGAAAGUCAUUUCAACUAGCCGGAAAAAAAAUUGAUGAGCAGGAUUGAUUACAGUUCUUCUGUUAUUCGAAUUCUAAAAAAAUAUCACUUGCCCGUUGGGCAAGUGAAAAACAGAAUUCACUAACCCAAUAGCAAAAUCCAGUAGCCCGGGACUAUCGGACACUACUUUCUUUGCACGCUGGUUUCAUUAAUUUUUCUUAGAGCUCAGCCUUUCCACUUUACUAGGAUGUAGACCUUCAAAAUUCACUUUUUCAUCCUUGUUACAUAACUGUUUAAAAACAACAACAAAGAAAAGUAAAGAGACAUUACGAAGCACUUUGUUAUUGACAAAUAGUUUUAGAUGAGCACUACUCUUACCCCCUGUUUUUAAAUACCCUUCACAUGUCCACAUUGUUUCCAACUAAUAAUUCAGUUGAAUGCAUCUUUUUGAUCCUGUAGUUUACUUUCUUUAAUAACUCACUGUAAUGAAGUAUGAAAUUAACCAAGUCAAUAGUGGAAACCAAAGGUCAAGUCAUACGUGAUGAAAAGUAAACAAAAACUUUUCUGACAGUGAGUGUGACAAGUUACACUUUGAACACAUUCCUCAAUUUCUGACGUGACUUGCCAGCUACAAGUUAAGACAAAUCUUUCUAUUUUGUGGAGGCAAUUUUCUUAGUUAUCAUUUCACUGUUUCAGGAGGUUUUAUCUCUCCAAGAUGGUUUCCACCAAGCUUUCAGGGGAUAAUGGUAAAUAAGAACAUGAUAUUAUUUUCUUUCCAGUAGCUGAGUUAUGAAGUUAACCACUUUAGAAAUUCUUUUACCCUUAUUGGACAUGAGGAGGAUGCAAUCUAACCUAGUAGUAAGAAACUUGAUUUUUGGCAGUGUGGGUCAGGUUCCAAAAUUUGGAAAUACAGAAGUAUGUCACAGGCCUUAGACUUCUUGCUCUCAGAGCCUGUUGUUUCUCUCCGCCAGGUAAUCUUGAAAAACAAAUGCUUUCAAACAUUUAUUACACUUGUAAAAAUGUGGCACUGUCAAACAAACCUCCCUAGUAGAUGCCUUGUGGUUUCUCAAAUUGUAACUGGGACUAGUAGGUGAAACUCUGUCAACAUGGCUAGAAAGAAUGCCUUAAAAUCUGUUAAGUUUCCAAUUUUGAAAGAGAUUUGUGAAGAUAAAGCUUGCAAAGUCGUGGAAUUUUACAUGUUUGUAUGGUGCAGGACAAAUUUGUGCCCCCACCAUAAGAACAUCUGUGAAAUUUUGCAUCCUUGUGGAACAAUACCUUCGCUCCAUUUGGACAAAUCAUUUUUUAACUUGGUAAGUUACCUUAUUUUAAGACACGCUUUCCAGCACUGUUGAUGGAUAUUCACUUUAACUGCUAUUUAUUAAAAGUUGAAAAAAAAAAAACCUGGAAGUGUAUAUGAAACUUGUACUUAAAAGCUUGCUGAAUUGUACAGACUUCUACACUUCAUUGACAUUUAUCUGCCACCUCACUUCCAAUGUUAAACGCUCUGAAAACAUGCCUACUUAUGCCCAAUUAAUGCUGGUACUGUAGGUCUAAGCUUCUUCUGAAGGAAACUUAGUAAUGAGAGUAGGUAAAGUCACCAGUGAUGAAAAACUUCUGACACCUCUUGUAUGAGUGUGGCAUGAGUUGCACAUUGAACGCAUUUUUAGUAUUCUGAAGUGACUUGCCAGCUACAUAUCAAUGCAAAUGUUCUGUUUCAGGGAAGCAGUGCUUUUAGUAAUUUAUCAUGGUAUCAUUUUAGGUGGUUGCGCCAAGAAGUUUUCCACUAAGGUUUAACAGAACAAGGGUAAGUACAAGAGAGUUUGUUCAGAGUAGUUAAGUGUGAAAUUCCAUGGUUCUGCAAUUCUUUCACUCCUUUAGGCAGUUUUCACAGUCAGGCCGCUAAAAAUCUAAACCAUUCCAUGCAUAAAGACGGGAAUUUAAGGAAUAAAAAAAUAUAUUAAUGCAAAGAGCCUCACCAAUAUUAAGGUCAGGGUGAGCUUGGCUAGUCACCAGUGAUGAAAAUAUCUGACACCUCUUGUAUGAGUGUGGCAGCAGUUGCACAUUGAACGCAUCCUUGAUAUUCUGAUGUGAUUUGCCAAUAAAAAUGCCAUCAUAUAUUGCUGCUGUAAGGAAGCAAUUUCUUACGUUGCCUUUUUUGUCUUCGUUUCAGGUUGUACUUCAAGAUAGUUUCCAAGGAGAUGUAAUUACAAUGGUUAGUUCCAUUUAUCAGUAGAUUGUGCCUUCUUGCAAUGAGUCUUUUUAAGAAAGCUUUUAAUUUGUAAUUUUAUAUUCUUAUUACUACUAUUAUUUCUGCCAUCUGGCCUUAGAAACUGUAUGAACAUUGACUCUUUUAAAGUACAGUUGAAGACUUGUCUUUUUAAGAAAGCUUUUAAUUUGUAAUUUUAUAUUCUUAUUACUAUUUUUAUUUCUGUCCAUAUAUUGUAUAUAUAGAUAUUCAUUUAUUUUCUUGUACAUAUUGUAAAGCGCUUUAGAAUAUUUUAUAGUUAAAGCGCUAUAUUAAAUGUAAUAAAUUAUUAUUAUUAUUAUUAGUUUGGAGGUGAUUGAAAAGAGCAAGGAGCAGGCCACUUAAGUGUAUCUAUAAAUAUACGAUGUAUACAUUAAUUAAAACUAUAAAAAAUUCUCAAAUCUGAUUGGCUAUCAACCGUCCUGAUUUCAGCACUAAUAGGACAAGGUAAUAGGACAGUACCCGUCAUGCCUAAGUAAUUGGACAGUAUGCGCCAUCGCACAUGCGCACUUAAAGGGCGUUUUUUCACUGCUAGCAAAAUAUACUCUCGGAAUUUCUUGUGUUUUAAGUUAGAAAAGCCUAUUCACAAAAUAAUUUUGUUAUAGUUAUGUUCAAUUGGUAACAGAACUUCAUGUCAUCCAAUUCAGUCUGUAAUCAUGUUUUGCCAAUUAAACAAAAAGGACUCCCACUAUGUUGUCGUCCAAUUUUGUUAAUCAUUUGUAUGAGUACAGACCAAAUUGGACUCCACUCAGUCCUAUUACCAUUAUUUAUGACUGUGGCAUUUAAAUGGUACUUUAAAGAGUUCUGUACCAAGAGGUAAAAUUGAUCCAAAAAGGAUCAAGGGUUGUUCAGAAUGAAGGUAUUCGAAAUAGAUUACAAACUUUCCAAGUGCAGAAAACUGUGAUGUGGCUACUUCAAUGUUCUUUCAUAAACAAUACAGUUGAACCUCUCCAAAACAGCCACCUUUGGAACAGAAGAAAGUGGCCGUCAUAAAGAGGUGCCUGUUGAAGAAAGGUUUCAGCAAGAGUCAAUGUAUGGAUUAUUUUUCUGUUGGAACAAAUAAAGUUGGCUGUUGUAGAAAGGUUGCCAUUAGUGGAGGCUCACUGUAGCACUUGAUCUUAAUUUGUGAAUGUGGAGAGAUAAUGAUGAGAAAUUUAUCAGUUAUCCCUGUCAUAGCUAUGAUGCUGAGAUGACACGUCAGGCUGAUUCUCUCCAGUAAGACCAAGCUUAAAUUGUGGCUUAAAACUGAAUUGCUUUGUCCACUGAUGACUGAUAUAAUUAUUAUCUCUUACAGUAACUGGUUUAAACUCCAGUGUCAUCAUUUCUCUGGAGAUUUUCUGAAGAAGAAGGUUAGUUAAUUUUUUUUAACUAUCAUGGUUCUGGCAGCUUUGUCAAUACGCUAGACAAUGAUCAACUGAUGUGGUGUGAUGAGUGAAAUCUUUUUUCCCCAUCUUAUCGACAAUGACGAUAAACCCUCUGUCACUAUGUGACCAAGCCAAACCUCUCUGACUUCAUCAGUUUGUUUUGUACUGCUCGUUUGAUGACUUCUGUGAUCUUCCUGGAUAAAUUUUAAAUUUGUUCUUGUGUAUUUCAAAGCACUGAAGGUUCACUGUGGAAGACACUGACUGCAGCCAAGGCUUACAGUGUAGUUUGGUAAGAUUCUUGAUGUAGAUAUAACAUGGUGAUUUUGCAUUGUAGUUUUGACCAGGCCGUAAAAUAUAAGGAAAAACUGGAACUGUAAAACUGAUAGGUAGGAAUCAAAUGUUUGUCCAACAUGCAAGAUUUUAUCACCUUUAAGUCUAUAUGGUACAAAUUUUUUAAAUUUUUUUUUCUUAGAUAAGUUUCAUUAACAAUUCAGAAAUUUUGAUAUAUGGCUCCCAAAAACUUUCUUGAAUUUUGGCUGUUCAGAAACUGCUUUUCCCCUUCAGAACUGUCUCUGAGACUGAGAACGUGUAAAGGAUCAAAGAAAGGCUGAUGACAUCAUAUAAUGCCAGUUGAUUUCCUUAGCCUUCACUUCUGCUUCUGCUGCCAUUUUGUAAAUUAUUGUACAUUCUUGCAAAUCAUUCUGCAUCAUACUUGUCAAUUUGGCCGGUGGUAGGGCAGAGAGGUUUGAAGGCAAAUUUGUUUGUUUUGAAGAGAAUAAAAAUGGUUUUUAAAGAUUUUUGACAAGGUCAAUUUUGGAUACAUACCGGUAUUUUAUACGUAUUUUUAAGAAUUAUUAUAACGAUCCAGAAAAAAUUUGUGUCAUAUACACUAACACCUCACACCUCACCGAUCCUCUUUCCUCUAUCUCAGUCAUUCGCAAUGGUCUUCACAUCCUCCCACGAUUGCCAUCCUGCUUCUGCCCUUUCCUUUUCAACCGUUUGCCUUCAAGUGGUUUUUGGUCUUUCUCUUCUUCCUCUUUUUCCCUCUGGCGCCCAUUGCUACGUUGCUGUUGCUCUUUUGGUCCUGUCUUGGUCCAUUCGUCUUGCAUCUGUGCUGCUUCACCCCUUUACUCAUAGGUUUCAUGUCUGUUUUUCAGGGGCCACUGGGCUUAACUACCACACAGCCAGUUUAACUUCUCUUAUCAUAAUUGUAUUUUAAGGGAACAGACCACAAAUAACUGUUGUUGUGUGUAAAAUUAUCUAAAAGCAGUAACGGUUCAUCAGUAGGAUGUGCAAUUCCACACUUGGUUUCGGCUCCAUUGAAUUUAUAUAGUGGAUAUAUUUUAGUAUAUUAGCUGUGUUACAACACUGAGCCCUGAAAUGUUUCCAUUGGGAUAAAGUUAUCAACUUUUUGAAAGGUUUUGAUUAAUGUCUGGUCUCUUCCUCCAAUUGCAUUGCACAAAGACAAAGGGCAGUGUCAUGCAAUGUGAAAGAAACAAGUGGAAGCAUUUUUUGGAAAGAAAAAAAAGGAAAAUUAUUUGUUUUCUAACCAGUGUGAUGAUUAUUAGCCAAAUUCGCAGUUUCCACCAGAAAGAUAAUUGUAUCUUGCUGAUGGCUUAAUUCCUUGGAUGUCUGACUGGUUGUUGUUUUCAACUCCCAAUAGUUUAAUCUUGACUCUCUUUCUUAUCCUUACAAAGGUGUGUCUUGUUUUUGCCAGGUUUAUUUUACACAUAUUCAUAGACUGGUGAAGGUAUGCAGAACUCCAGUUGAGGUCAAUGUAAGUAAGUCUGUUUUAAAAUGUAAAGGACUGUGUAAAGACCAGUGUGAUGAAUAUCAGCCAUAUUCGCAGUUUCCACCAGAAAGAUAAUUGCAUCUUGCUGAUGGCUUAAUUCCUUGGAUGUCUGACUGGUUCUACUCUUAAAACAACAGCAGUUAGUAAGUUAACAUGUGUUUCGUCAAAACCCCUUUGUUUCUUUUCUAGGUUUCAUCUUGGCCAGUUGACAAGCAAUGUUGUAGAAAUGGAGAGAGCUCACCAAAGUAAGUUUAUCGCUGAAAUAUUUAACAAUUAUUCUUUGAAAUCGAGGUGAAUAGUGGCAAAAUAUUUACCGAGCCACGAAGUGGCUAUGUAAAUAUUCCUAAAGCAACUAUUCACCGAGAUUGAAAAGAAUAAUUGUUUUAGUAUAUACACACGAAGUGAUCUCAAUAAAAUCAGAGAGGAAACCAUUCAAAAGUACGAUUUGAUUGACAGAUCAGGUCAGCGAGACACGCGACAGUUUAAAAAUAGGUCUUUGUAGAAUUUUCAAACAUGGCAAUUCACAAGCUUAUCACUUCGCAAACAACAGCGUAAUGACUUCAAUGGAACCGCUAAAAGUUUGAAUUGUUUCCUUACCUGAGAAGAAAAGAAGAGCUUUGUUGUUUUCUGUUGACUCGCCAAGUUUAUAGCCGAGGUUUGUUGUGUCGUUCUUCGCAUGAAGUGCUGACAAAAAUGGCGAUUCGGUUCCUCGAGGUAAGACGUCGUCUUCAUGUAGCAUUCUUUCUUUUGUUUACUUGAAACGUAGAAUUUCUGCAAACAUUUGCUUGCAAAUUUGUUUGUCAUAAAUAAACUUCGUUGUUGGGCCAAAUUUUUCUUGUUAGGAAACGCUGAGUUCACAAAACGGCCUCGUCUAGGCGAAUAAACGGGACUUGUAAACAAUCCAUCGACCACAAAACUCAACAAGAGUAAGUGGAAAAACGCCGUUUUGAAUCCUUCGAAGUCUUUUCUUGGCUAAAAAAAAGUCAACCCUAGGAUUCUGUUGACUUUUAAAAGAUCCUUCUCUAAGAAAACGGGAAAAAAACGAGCUCACACAUUAUCCGAGAUAGCGAACCAAUCAGAUUGCUUAAAUCACCAAGAUCACUGAGUGUGUAUAUACUAAUGCAAUUUACUUGCUGUGUUUGGAGUUUAUUUUUUAAGCCGGAGUGAUGAUUAUCAGCCAUAUUCGCAGUUUCCACCAGAAAGAUAAUUACAUCUUGCUGAUGGCUUUAUUCCUUGGAUGUCUGACUGGUUGCAGAAGAAUGAAUGAAAGUACUUUGCAAAGUUAAUGUAUUUAUACAGGUCAAACUUAUAUUUUGCAGAAACUAAGGCCUCAGGGCAACAUCAAACGUAAGUUGGUAAGUUUUGUUGAUCAAGACCACUGCUUGACACAGUCAGCUUUUUUGGAUGCUUGUUUGUGUUAUUUUUUUGUUUGUUUGUUUUGUUUGUUCAUUUUUUAGUACAGGCAUAUGCCUGCCUUUUGGUGGUUUCUAGUUUACUGACUGGAAGGAGGCAGAAGUCAAUACUAAUACGUUAUUUCUCAAAAAUGAAGAAGAAAUCAGUCAAAAAAUUACAGAACAGUGUUUGUCAUGUCAAAACAAUUCAGUCUCCCAAAAAUUAACUUAAUCCUGCAAAAACUGAAAAAAGGGCCCUAAAAACUACUUGCACCCUUUUGCAGGAAGCCUUUCAAUAUUUUCAUGUCUUGCAACACAAAGGACCAUUGUCCCUUUGGAGGAAAAAAAUUCUUUACAUAAUAUAAUAUGCAUUUUUUGGUUUAGUAUAGGUUUCCUGGAAAACUGCCCCACCACCCCUCCCUUAUGCUGACAUUUUCUCUUGACUGGAAAGUUUGUAGUGAUGUUAGGUUGAGGGAGGGGUGGGUUGGGAGUUUCCCCAGAAUGUUAUACUGAUUUGGAUACACUAUGCCAUAUAAUAAUACAAGAGGUAGAUUAUUACUUUAUGUGGCUUGUGUUUGAUGUUCAGCCUAUUGUGUGGAGUGAUGUACACCUUUUUUCCCCGUCAUAUCGACAAUGAUGAUAUCCCUUUGUCACUUAGUGACAAGCCAGAACUGUCUGACCACACAAUGACAUUGCCUGUUUCAUAGUUAUUAUCUAAAAUGUGCAGGACCCUAGAUACCGUGGGUUCCAUUGGCAGUGUUUACUGGGAAGGGGUUUCAUGGCCUGUACAGACAUCGCCUCCCUAAGAAAAAUCGAAAAAAAAUUUAAAUCUCUCACCCGAUUUUAUAUAAGUAAUGAGGCAUCUGUACACCAGCUAGGAAUUCAGGGAAAAAUCUUAACCUUGGUUUUAUCAAAUUUUUAGUAAAUGCUGUAGUGUCAAAUUAAUCAUUCAUACGUUUUGUUAUAUUUGCAGGUUGAACAUUGAAAUGAACAAGAAGAUUCGUAGGCUUUUACACAAAAUAAGUUGUAUUGAAAUAAUUAAGGAGCCAUUAAAACAAAAGUACUGCAGUAAUUUCUGUUCUGUUUUUUUAGGGGUGGUGGGGUGUAUGGAGGAAGUCCUCAGUGCAAGCUGGUAAAAUUUAAGUCUGGCAUAUACAGUAUUUUCAAGGACGCACUAGAGUCGUUGAUGCAGUGCUUAUUAACUUGAUUUUCUUAAUGAAUCUAGGUGCAUUGGCCUGUACCCUGAGAAAACAGCAGACAUUACGCUACGCCGCGACUGAUUCCCCACCCCCCUUCCCACCCACCCACCCUCCAUUCGGGGGUAAAUACACUCUUUUCUUUUUGUAAGAAUGUUGCUUUUCCGGCUGAAUAUUCUUAUUUUUCUGCGGAUUUUAGGCUGAAAUAUUCUUGUAUUCUUUAAUUAUAGCUUUUGACAUUUUCGUUUUAGAAUGUAUUGGGGUAAAAUUGAAGUUAAUGCACGUUUUUUUUUUUGUUUUUGUCAAGACACAAAAUUGUCCUUUUCAAAAUCUCAGCCGUGGGUUUAUUCUUAUCAUAUUGUUACAACUGUGCAAGUUUUCAGCCUCGAUUUUCUUAUAAAAUAUCUUGUUGUUAAUAUUAAAAAGAGUGUACUGUUGCUACAUUUAAACUAGGCUCGAUUACCAGCCGCUGUUCGGGAAAUGAGCCCGCGCUGCAUUCUGUUGGAUUUAAACUUUUUGAGAUACGUACUUCCUCGAAUAAUAGCCGGGGCGAUUAUUUCAAAUAUUGCUCACUGGAAGCUGUACCCUAAAUAUUUUGUUUUAUUAUCAUAUCAAAUAAACUGGACAUGGGCCUUUUAUUAGUGUUCCAAAUUUGGUUCCCUGAUUGAUUUUCAGAGCUUGAAUCGUCACUGAUCAGUUUUGCUGGAUCAGAUUCCACUUCAACUUGACAGGGAGGGGAUAAAAGGAAGAGAAGAUGGCGAGAGGGGUGGGGGGGGGGGGCGAUUACUCGAGGAGGGCGUUUAUUUUAAAUAUUUCCCCCAAAGAGGGACGAUUAAUCAAGGGACGGCUAUUAUUCGAAGAAAUACGGUACUUUUACACAAAUGUUGUGUCGGUUCUUUUUCCUCCGCCGCGGUGGAUUAUAUGAGAUCUAAUAUGUUUCACACUUCUCUCCGGUGACUAAUCGGGAAACAUAAUUGUUUGCCGGUCGUUGAUGGUUAUAAUAUCGAUAAAUGAAUUUAGGGUAUUUCAAGUUUAUUUUUUUGUGCUUUUCUCCUAUCUGUUACCGAAGUCCCAAAAAUUUGUUCUUUAAAUAUUCUUUGGGCUGUAAACGAGCUUGGCAACAUUUCCUCCUUUUUAAAGUUUGAUGGGAAGUGUCUUGUAUUAAUGGAGAUUAACUAAGGUCGACAAAUGAACGUGACGUAAGGGCAUUAAUUACACCGAUACCUCCUUUUCGCAUUGCUUUAUAUCGAGGCCACACUCCCCCAAAAGAAUAAUUUACAAAUGUAUUUUCUUGGAUGCUAAAAGGUACUCAUAAAAAAGAAAAAUCUGGAAACAUUUUAUUUUCAAUAGUCACGUAACAACGAGCGGAUCGCGUCCGUCAACUGUAAAUAAUUGCCGUAGAGAGUGUCAAAGGGGUUAAUUUUCCAUAGAAUCGUUAUGCCUCACCAUGGAUAGUUAACAGAAUAUCGUACUUAAAACUUUCCAAAAUGAAAACACAGAUCGACCCUUUUCAGAGCAAUAUUUUUAUAUUUGUCCAGUAUCGAAGCUAAUAAUUCAUAGCAGAUUUAAACUUUUCUUCUUCAGAAUACGUGUUGUGCAUGUAAUGACGGCCCUUACAAAGAUUAAUCAAUUAAUUUUGUAGCCCACUUUUGUACACUUUAGCGAAGAGGGUGCGGCAGCAUUACCGGAAGUAGCUUUUUUCUGCGUGGGAAUAAACCAAAGAUUUAUUGCCGCGGUUGUUGUGAAGGCGUUAAUGACAGGAAACUUGGGAUUAUUUUAAGAAACUUUAACGCAAUUUACAUUUUCACCGGACAUGGACCAAUAUUUAUCCCAAUAAGCAGUGGGUGUUGUUUACUGGUACAAAACUAUUUACGAUUUGAAACUUAUGACGGCACUUAGCAUAAAUACGAAUGCCUACCUUCAUACCGAUAGCUACGAUUGGUGAAAGAAGACCAGCGAUCUGAUGAUAGUUGCGAUUAUGUAUGAAGACAGUGAAGAAUGGAAAAUAGGCUACCUCGCCGUAUCGCUUCGCCCAAUGUCACACUGCAAGAUCAUGAUUUUUUUUUUCAGCGACCAUACGUGACCCCGUCAAGGGGAUCCCAUAUGAGAUGGACGGGGAAGGUUGUUGUCCCGCCGUUAGGGGUGUUAAUUGCACAUUUUGGUUUCAUUUAGGGUGAAGAGGGCGAACAGCCAAUAAAGGUAUAGCGAAGGGCUUUGCCUAAAUAUCAAACUGUGUUGGAUUAUGGUCUCCUCUAGUGGUCUAAUUCUAUUCUAUUCCGACAAGCAUUAUCAACCUCACCAACUUACCGGGACACUAAAGGUCGUUCUGCCAUAUCUGUAUCAGGGGCCGACAUACUUCACACUAGAAUCCUGAUUUUUGGAACCCUCUUUUCUUUAAUCUUCCGGAGAAUUCAAUUCAAACCUGACUUUCUUUCCUUAGUAAAUCGCUGUAAAUUUACUGCUACCCCAGAUUUUUCUAACCUCCCGAUCAUGUUAAACCAGUUCCUUCUUUUCCCACCGCGUGGUUAGAAAAAUCCGGCGGGGUUUCAUCGUAUUCCAUGAUAAGGUAACAUACGGUUCAAAUCCCUUAUACAAAGACUUUGUAGCCGCAACCAGUCUGUUUCUUGAAACAACUAAUCGGACGUUUCUUCGAGUAUCGUUUUCUGGUGGUCGAAGUUCCGUUAUAUGAGCCAACGUAAAUAUUGUUUAAUAUUGUUUUUGCGGUGAAACCAUCCGCCUCAGGGUGAAAUAGUCUUUAGCGGCCUGUUUGAAAAAUAAGUGGAUCACAAGUUUUUAACACAGCAGUCUGCGGUAGAAGUUUGCAACUUGUUUAUCCCUCUCACAGCUCUCAAUGUUUCGCAAAACUUAAUCUAAGAAUCACGGAAUGACAGUGUGUUGCGAUUUUUUAAUUCAUUCUGUUUAGGAAAAGCCCAAAGAAAAUUAUUUAAUGAGUUGUUCCCUUUGAACUACAGGUUGUUCAUCGCAUUGCAGAACUGAAGGCCGGCAUAUUUUUCUGA